CUGUGUAGUUUCCCAAUUCCGAUCACAAUUUGCUCAGAGAAUCGAGGGCCCUUUUAGCGUCGGCCUUGCUCUCUCUGUGGUCGUUUACUUUCAAAUCGGACAAGUAUCAUAAACGCCUUACCUGAGAUGUCUAGCUCAGGCCAAACACAGUUCCGCUACACGCAGACGCCGUCGAAGGUGGUUCACUUGCGGAAUCUUCCAUGGGAAUGCGUCGAAGAGGAGCUCAUCGACCUAUGCAAACGAUUCGGCAAGAUCGUCAAUACCAAGAGCAAUGUCGGCGCCAAUCGCAACCAAGCCUUUGUCGAAUUUGCUGACUUGAAUCAGGCUAUAUCGAUGGUUUCGUAUUAUGCUUCAUCUUCAGAGCCCGCACAGAUUCGAGGAAAAACUGUUUAUAUUCAGUAUUCAAAUCGGCAUGAGAUAGUAAACAAUCAGAGUCCUGGAGAUGUACCUGGAAAUGUCCUGCUGGUUACCUUCGAGGGAGUGGAAUCUCACGAAGUGAGCAUCGACGUGAUCCAUCUGGUGUUUUCUGCCUUUGGAUUCGUUCACAAAAUUGCCACAUUUGAGAAAGCUGCUGGCUUCCAGGCGCUAGUUCAAUUUAGUGAUGUGGAGACUGCAUCAGCGGCAAGGAAUGCGCUGGAUGGCAGAAGUAUACCCAGGCAAGCUCAAACUCUUUAUGCAUGCCCUUUGACCCCUGUAUAUCUUCUUCCAGAACAUGUUGCCUCUUGCAAUCUGCGAAUGUCCUAUUCAGCUCAUACUGAUUUAAAUAUCAAGUUUCAGUCCCACCGCAGCAGGGAUUACACAAAUCCAUAUCUUCCAGUGAAUCAUACCGCAAUGGACGGGUCUAUGCAGCCUGCUUUGGGUGCUGAUGGAAAGAAGGUAGAAACUCAGAGCAACGUCCUGCUCGCUUUGAUUGAGAAUAUGCAGUAUGCUGUCACUGUGGAUGUUCUUCACACGGUGUUUUCCGCGUAUGGAACUGUCCAGAAGAUUGCUAUAUUUGAGAAGAAUGGUUCAACACAAGCCUUAAUUCAAUACUCUGAUAUAGCAACGGCGGCAAUAGCCAAAGAAGCACUGGAAGGACACUGCAUAUAUGACGGUGGCUACUGUAAGCUUCGACUAUCAUACUCUCGUCAUUUUGAUCUCAAUGUUAAGAGGCAACACCUAGGCACGAAGCUUCUCCUUUACGCUUACGAGCAGAUACAAUACCCGAUCAGUUUGUUCGAGCGACGAAGUUGGGAUUUCUUUCAGUUGCGCGGAGGAAUAAGCUUUCUCAUUUUGAUUGGAUUUGAUCUGAUUUCUGGCUCAAUCUCGGUCUGCAAUUCCGUCGACCAAGCUCCCGCAUUGAUCAUGGCCAACUCAUCAGAUUUGCAGCCAAAACCAUCGAGAAACAGCCGAAAGUCUUACACAGCAUCACCACCAACCUGUUCCAAAUUCCCUGUCUGCGACGGAUCCCAAUCGGCCGCAGUUGAUGUCGUGAUCCUAAUCGCGGUGAUCACGGCCUGCGGGUUCUUGUUCCUCCCUUACGUCAAGCUCGUCACCCUCAAAUCGAUUGAGGUCUUUUCGGAUCUCUCGGCUUUGGUCAAAGAAGAGAUUUUGCAGAACCCAAUAAGAUGUGGGAAACCGGAUUGCAAAGGGCUUAGGAAAGCUGUUGAGUUUGAUAUUCAGCUAGAAACAGAGGAAUGCGUCAAGAGCUCCAACAACAGUAGCAGCAAGAAGGGAAGGUUCGAGUUGCCUCGUGUCCAUCACCGUGAACUGGAAGCCGAGCUGAAGAAGAUGGCACCGCCUAAUGGGCGAGCCGUGCUGGUUUUCAGAGCGAGGUGUGGUUGUUCUGUAAGGAGACUAGUGGUUUCGGGGCCAAAGAAACAGCAGAGGAAGAUGAAGAAAUGAAAACAUGUAAAGAAAGAGAAAAAUGGAAACGUUAUACUUUUCUUUGGUUAGUUUUUUAUUCCUCACAUACACUUUUUUAUAAGAACUUAUAAAUGGUAAUCUAUAUGUGUUUAAUUAAAUAAGGUGCAAUCGGAAUAAGCAUUGUAAGGAUAUUGUGGGAAAACUGGUUAUAGUGAAGAACAUUUUGGUUAAAAUCUCAGGGAUUUUGCGUUCGGGAUAUGUGAAUAGUCAUCGAUGUUGUUUUAGGUAUGAUCUGUUCAAGUUUUCAAUCAUGAAGGUUGAAACUUUAGUGCAGGUUUAGCAAAAAGCGCUGUUAACUAACAUUCAAGAACAUCAUGUGUGAAACAGAGUAAAAGUAUACUGUACAUAUGAGUUCUGAUUUAUCUUUUUUUUUAAAACAAAAUUUUGC